UUUUGUUUUUGUUGUGGACUGGCAGUCGCGUUUGGCGGAGCGCACCGUGUACGUAGCGGAGCUUGCGACGGUGUUCUUGUGUUCGUGUAUUCCAGUAACUAAUGGGAAAAUCAGAGGACAGUAUGCCACAGCCAGCAUCAACGGACACAACAACAACUGGUUAUGAUGCGGCAGGGGAUCCAGUUAGAAAGCCAUACAGUGAGGCACCAACUGGAAACGCCACUGCAGAAGAUCCUCUAAUACCCGGCGGCGGGAUGAAGGUGCCACUGACGCUGGGGCCUGAGUCGUGCACCGUCGUAUGUCCAGCGUGUUACCAAACCAUCCAGACAGACGUGGAGGUCAAAACAACAUCCGAGACAAACGUACUUCCUAUCCUAUGCGAUCUCAUUUCGUGCUGCUGCUGUUGCUGUAUGCUGUUUCUAUGGUUUGAAAGCGACCAUCAUGACCACUCCGUCGACUCCUGCUGUUGCCCCGACUGUGAGUGCAGCUAUAAGGAUACCCAUGAAGUGAGGCAACACUACUGCCCCAGCUGUAAAGCUUUCAUUGGGGCUUACGAGAAAUAGCUGUCCAAAGAGUCCAGCUGUGAGCUGAACUAACCACCCCGAGUAUAAACUCCACCUAUGUGAUGCUUUGAACUAACAGUGAAGAUUUACUUCAUUUUAUAACCAUCAAAUCGCCGAAGAGCCAAACAUGUUAUGUUAGUACAGUUGCACAUUUUCUUUUUCUAAGUUUACCAAUACGUGUUCCACUGUGUAAUGCAAGACAAGAAAUAAAAGACUGAAAAAUGUCAUUUGACUUAUAACGUUUGAAUAUUUACGUACUUUUCUAUCGCUUGGUGAGCUGCGGGAUGCAGAGACUGCCUUAAACCUGCUGGCCUGCUUAAGGCUUCACCAGUGGAGCCAAGAAGCUGUUCGUCAUGUGCUGGCACGAGGGGGAGCCACUGUUGCUGCUUGCGCAAUUGCUGCAGUGGACACUGAUGCCGCCGGCCCCCGUCGCCUAAUUGGGGACCAUGGCUACGCUCACUCUGUGUCUUGCUGCUGCACAGGCAACUGCAUUGAACGCCGCCAACAUGCCUUACAGGAGAUAUCGACGUCGUCGUCGUACAACAGUUUACGAAAAUAUAGAAAACAUCGAACUUACUACAACAUCUGGGGACAAGGACAAUCGUAUUCCAGUGAAGAGUGUUGCAGCCCACGCUCUCGUCGAUGGACCUAGUGUAUUCCUUGGAUGUUCACUUAAUAUUAGUUUGGAUAUUAACGACACAUUCUCACAUGGAAAUGGAUAGUUCACUGUCGCCAUUGUGAGGGGUGGUAGCGGAGUUUCUAGUGUACCUGGACUUGAAAGUUUUAAUGAUAGAGAUAUAAUUGCCUAUCGUAUCUACCGUAUGUUUGAACUUGCUAAUAAAGACUUUGGUCAAUCUGCUUAUGACUAUACUUCUCCACUUCCUGGGUAGGUGUGUGCCUGCUGCUACUGGUGACAGGGCCCACACUCCAUAAGGCUGACUGAGCAACCAGCGCCCUGCGAAGGCAAUUUUGUGUUUGUGAAUAGUAAAUAUGUCUCUGUGAACAAUGUUUUCUUGACGCAUAAGAGCGUGAACAGAUCGUCCUCACUGCACCUUGCUUGGGACAGUUCUAACGACAGCCUGUUUCAAGACUGUGAUAUGUUUUGCAAAUUUUGUAAACAGCUGCUCAGGUUUAAGUAAAAUGCUAUAUUUUAGGUGAA